CAACAAAUCACCCUAAACACAAAAGCCCCUAAAGUUGAACAGUUUUAAGCCUUUUCAGUUCACCACCAUUAGAAUUUUGUGAGCAAAAGAGAAAAACUUUGUGAAAUCUCAAUCUCAGCUAUGUCUUCGAACAACCCUUCUCAGCUUCUUCCUUCUGAGUUGAUUGAUCGUUGCAUUGGUUCAAAGAUAUGGGUGAUAAUGAAGGGUGAUAAGGAGCUUGUUGGUACACUUAGAGGAUUUGAUGUUUAUGUUAACAUGGUUCUUGAAGAUGUUACUGAAUAUGAGAUCACUUCUGAAGGGCGGAGGAUAACAAAACUUGAUCAGAUAUUGCUCAAUGGAAACCACAUUGCUAUCCUGGUUCCAGGUGGGUCGCCACCUGAUGAAUGAUAACUGCUAUGCAACUUGUGCUGUUUAGUGAGACUAGUUGAUGAAGAUUUCCGCGAGAUAUAUGUAUUUUUAGAAAUUCUGAUGUGUUCAGCUAGGCUCUACUAUCAAUUGUAGUUGCAUUAUAUUGAAAACGUUUAAGUAGAUGAUACUUUGGCUAUGGUGUUGCCAAGCUGUUAGCUUUAAACUGUGUAUGGAGUUUUGACAGAAUGGUAAAACUCAAAUGGAUCGUUGGUUACUGUGACAAUACAUUUUAGUUGUCUUUGUGCCCCGAGGGUGUAGUCUAAUGGUUAAUGAAGUGUGU